UAUUUUACUUUUUUUUUUCUCGUUUGUAAAAAUUUCAUUAACGCAAUUCACCAGAUCGAGUUAUCGAGUGUUUCAUUACGCCUUACUGAAAGUUCUAUUCAAAGUGCAAAGCGUUACUGAUUAUAAAAUUGAUAGAGUAACAAUUAAUGAUCCUGAAUGAUGAUCAUUAUCAGUAAUUGGAGAUAGAGAAGAGGAGGACUUGUGAAUUAUGGAUGAGGGUUUUGAGGAAAAUGUUGGCCAGAGGAAAUCCCUUUGCAGAAGAAUCAGAAAUGUCCCAGAGAGUGUUGCUGCUGGGGUCCAGCAUUUUUUCUACAGAUUGGGAAUGAAUAUUGCGCGAUCGCCGAUGCAAUGGAUUGCUGGAAGUACUAUUAUCGUAUUACUCUGUCUCUCUGGUCUUUAUCGCUUUCGACAAGAGAAGAAUCCUCUGAAAUUGUGGGUUCCACCGGAUUCCGAUUUUGUGAGGGAUACAGAAUGGCUCCUGGGGAAUUUCGAUGAGGGACAGAGAACUGAAACCAUGAUCCUCACUGCUGACAAUGUUUUGGAUCCCUUCGUACUCUAUGAGUUAAAUGAAAUAACGAAACGAAUUAUAUCACUACAAACGAGCAAGAAGCCAGUAUUAGCGUGGACAGACGUUUGUUUCAAGGUUCCUCUGAUAACUGAAUACACGAUACGGAAUAGACGAGGGGUGGACGACGAUUUUUUCGAUGAAGAACCAACUGCCAGAAUGAAUAAAACGAAAUUCGAACCGAGUGUUCAUGCACCGAGUGAUAUUUACUGCAAGAUAUUUAAUAGUUUUCCCAAGGGCUGUCUUCUGUUCAGCAUACUGGAUCUCUGGAACUUCGAUUCUGAUCUCAUUAGGAUUCAAACGAGAAGAGAUAUUAUAGACAAAUUGCAUUCGACUAAGCUGAGUCCCACCUUGGGACACCCCAUGAAUUUCUCAGAGUUAUUGGGAGGAGUUGAGACUGAUUACAAGGGCAGAAUCGUUUCUGCCAAGGCUGUGAAGACUUUGUGGAUGGUCCACAUCAAUUUUACGAGUAUUAACAUGGGAGAGAGUGGCAAUGUCGUUGGAACUGCUGACUGGGCCUCAACUAGCGUAUUAGAUUGGGAAGCAGAGUUCGUGAAAGAGCUCUGGGCAAAUGCUGAACGUCUGAAGAAUGAAAAUCCAUUCAAUAAAACUAUUAAACUAUUUUAUGAAGCCGGAAGGAGCUUUGGGGACGUGAGCUCCUCAACAAUGUUCCAAGAUAUUACAAAACUGAUGAUAGGCAUCAUCCUCAUGACUCUAUACGUACAAUUUAUAUUGUCUAGAUUUAAUUGGGUAGAAUAUCGUUUUUGCUUGACAACAGCAGGACUGUUGUGUGUUGGCGGAGCUUUUAUCGUAGCAGUUGGUGCAUGCUCUCUAUUUAAAGUACCAUUUGGCCCAGUCCACUCGUCAUUACCCCUGAUGCUACUGGGCCUAGGUGUCGACGACAUUUUCGUGAUGAUGGCAUCGUGGAAGGAGCUGAUGAGUGUUCAAGAGCAUCGUGAAAAAUCCCUGGAGCAGAGGAUUGCCAUGAUGCUGAGUCAUGCUGGAGCUGCCAUUUGCAUCACAUCUCUGACAGAUGUUGUGGCUUUCAUCAUUGGGGCAUCGACGAUUUUACCUUCACUGGAAUCGUUCUGCAUUUAUGCAGCAGUUGGUGUUCUCGUGACGUUUCUCCUCCAGAUCACCUUCUUUGUGGCUUUUUUUUCGUUGGAUGUAAAAAGAGCUGAGAGUAAAAGAAACGGAAUGUUUCCGUGUAUAAUUCAUAAGAGCUACGAGCCGUCCAUUAAAAAUCGUGAGAGCAGGAUAUCACGGAUCAUAAACUACAUCUAUUCGAAAAUAGUGCUGACGUUGCCUGGGAAAUUGCUGGUGAUAGGGAUCACUUUAGGUAUCACUACUGCUGGUGUGAUGGGAACUCUGCAGCUGCAGCAGUGGUUCGAUAUGAAUUGGUUCCUCCCUGAGGGUUCGUAUUUACAGGAAUUUAUCAGUGUUAGGAACGCACAAUUCCCUAACAAAGGAUAUCCAUCGAUGGUGAUCCUUGGGGACUUGGAUUAUCACACCGAGUUACCCAAGAUCCUCGAUUUCACUGACACCUUGAAAAAUCUCUCGACUAUUGAUCACGUGGACUCUUGGCCACACGAUUUUUCUGAUUUCGUGAGAAUGUACUAUGAGAAGGACGUCAAAAGCCAAACUUUUACAUCAGAAGAAUUUCAAUUAUAUCUCUCCAAGUUUUUAUUCAGCCAAAUGGGCGGAAAAUACCAGGGGAAUUUUCAUUUCAUCUCAAAUAUCACGUGUGGACAGAGUGCCCCAAGAGUGAAGGUAUCAAGCAUUAAUUUUGCUUUUAAAAGUUUUUCUGGUCCUGAUGAAUGGCUGCCAGCGAUGGACAAUGCUAAAUUGACAUUGACUGAUGCCAAUAUCGAUGGACUCGCCUUCAUCUGGAGCACUGUGUUCGGUGCAUGGGUGACGGAUAAGGUAAUCGCGACUGAAGUGACGAGAAACAUAUUUCUCGCACUCAUCUGUGUAAUGGCUACCACAUCAGUGCUGAUUGCCGAACCGCAGACGUGCUGUUGGAUUCUUGUGUGCGUUAGUUUGACACUUGUUGACAUUUGUGGAUUUAUGUACUACUGGGGAUUGAGUAUCGACAUUGUUUCAUGUAUUGGUCUGGAAUUAGCUGUUGGAUUGAGUGUAGACUACGCAGCACAUGUAGCUCAUGCCUUCCUCCACAGCAAGUCCCCAAAAAAUGAGGAGAAUCGUCAGAAAAGAGCAGUGAAUGCUGUGAGACAUAUAGGUGUGGCAGUAAUUUGUGGUGCUGGAUCAAUGCUGCUCUCUCAACUCCCUCUGAUAUUCUCGGAAGCCUACGUUUUCAAGACCUUCUUCAAAAUCUUCUUCUUAGCCAUCACAUUCGGUCUCUGGCACGGACUGCUCUUUCUUCCCGUUAUUCUCAGCACAAUUGGUCCAAAAAGUCUGCACACUCAUCACUUAAAUGUGACAGAAACUGGGCUUAAUACUAUUACCAAAGAUAUUGACGCACAAUUGCCAUUAAAUCCUGUAAAAAAUAAUGAUGAAUAAAAAAUCAAUUGAUCAUUAUCAAUAAUAUUUA